GUCUGUCCUUCAGAUUUUUCGCUUAAUUAAAUGUGACCUUGUGUCCAGUGUUCCCAUCAGAAUGUGAAUUCGGCUGAGUUGCUCAGCAAUAUCUUAGAGUUUUGUUAGUUGUUUAAGUAGGAAACCUAACAGAAGAUAGUACCACGAGUAUUUUCACACGUGGUUCGCAAUCUUUCAUGAUGCUGUCAGCAAACAUUUCACAGUUAUCAACAAUUUGUUGUGUCAAUGAUGUAAGAAAUAUCCUGCAGAUGUUAGGUUUACCACUACCAGUUGAACUACAGAUGUUGAUGAUGCCUAGGAUUCUGCGUAAUCCCGCCAACCAGAUUCGUUACUCAGAUGUUAUUUUAUAUGCAGCUUGUGCACUGGAUUCUGCAACGGUGACUUCUUUCGAGGCGAGUUCCGGACUAAUCAGAUAUGACUUUUUUCUUGGAGGGGCUUGUAAUCCCACUACUUGGAGGAAAGAAGUGGCUAUUCCGAUUCUCGACCGUCUUGGUCUCACAUAUUAUAAUCCGCAGGUAGAUGACUGGUCGCCUGAACUCAUGGAACUGGAAAGGAAGGCAAAAUCAGUGUCGGACAUACUAUUGUUUGUUUUUGAGAACUGGAGAACAAGAGGAUUGGUCAGUCUUUUGGAAGCUACAUACCUUGCUUCUCAAAAAAAGCCGCUAGUUUUAUGUGUAUCUAAAGUGGAAUGCACCGAUUUUCCUUCAGCAGCUGGUGAAAAUAUUUCCAAAUUGGAAUAUCACUUCUUAGAAGAGGCUAUGAAUUGUUUUAUUCAAUUGAUUAAGCGUCUCAAGAUACCAUGUUUUUCAGAAGUCGAAACUGCUGUAAAUUAUGCGGUAUAUAAUAGUCAUUUAAGGCUUAAAUUUGCGGAAACCAUAACAAAUAAGGACAAGGAAUUAAUGAAUAAAAUACUAUUUAUAUCUAACGUAUUUCACGAAAUAAUCCGACGAGCUCCCAAGUCAGCUGAGAGUCAGAUCGUGUAUGAGCAAGUUCGUCAAGGAUUCAAGUCAUUAAAUGUUGAUCUAACCAGUGAUAGGAGUUUUAUUACUUAUUGGGAUAAGGUUAGUCGUUUUGACUUAUUAUCUUCAUUGUAUGCUGAGCAUAUACUGAAACAAAGCUCUCCAUCAUUAUUGGUUAUCUUAAAAAAAUAUCUUUCCAUUAAACUGCUGAGUAAUCGGGAUAAAUGUGAAUGCCUUGUAGGCGAACAAUUGGUGAAUUUAUUUGAAGGAACUCAGUCGUAUUCUGAAUUAAUGGAAUCUCCACUAAGCAAACAACCACUUGAUUCUUCAGCACAGCUCAAUUCCUGUUUGAUUAAUUCCAAUAUUCAAACGUUAUCUACAUCUUGUUGUUCAUCAUUACCAUUAUCAAAAUUAAAUAAUUCUAUGCAUUUGAACAAUAUUCAACCUUCUAAAAAUGUAACAUUUGAUAUUUAUAUUGCUGGAAUAUUGAAUGAGAAUAAAUUCAGUCAAUAUUUACUAGAUAAUAUUAUUUUACCUAAAUUAAUUCAUUCAAAUUUAUCAUAUUACCAAGCUAUACAAAAUAAUUUUCAUGAAUUAUUUAAAAGUAAUAAGAAUUUGUCAACAUUUUGUGAAGAUUUAGAAAUUAAACAGUUAGAAAUUCGUAAAAAUUGUCGAAUUUUAUUGUAUAUAAUUGAUAAUAGUUCUUUUCAUUUAAUUACUAUAAUGGAGGCAGCCUAUUCUAUAGGAUGUCAUUUACCUGUAGUUCUUUUCAUACAAAUGUUUAAUUCUUCUAAUGAAACAGACGUUAAUAGUUGUAAUAUUUCUCAUGAGAAAUAUGAACCUAAUUCAAUUCAACAAUUAAUAUACAAUGAAUGUAAAGUACAACAAUUUUCUGUAAGUUCCAUUUUUGUCAAUAAAAAAAGAUUUUAUUUCAUCUAUUUUCUAUUUUAGAUUAAUAAUUUUGUUAAUAUUAACAUGAAAAAGAAUACUCAUAGCAGUGAUGUUUCCAGUGAUUUCACUGGAACAAUUUCUUCUCUUUCUAAUGAACAAUUAUCAAUGAAGUCUAAUUCUUUAGAAUAUGGCAUUGUAAUUGAUUCACAUCAUUCUGUUCAACAUUCUACCAAUAAUUUUGAUUGUUUAACGGAUAACAAUAAAUCUAUCAAUUCAAAACUACAUGAUAAUAAUAAUAAUAAUAUUUCUAUGAAAUCACUUUCACAACAAGCCAUUAAGGAUUAUAAUCGUGUACGUAUGUAUUUAAUUGAUUUAGCUCAAGAAUUAAAUAUCCCUGUUGCAUACGAUAUUGAAACAGCUCUUAAUUUGUGCAUCUUUAAACUAAAAACACAAGUUUAAAUUCCUAUGUAGGCAGGAGAAAAAACAACAAACAGUUAUACAUAUUGACCAUUCCAUGUCUCGCCUACGGUGAAUAUCUUUUUGAUUAUUAUUUCUACCUCCACAAAUGUUAUUACUUCUGUUAUUUUGAUCAUUCGAUCAGUUGUAUUCUACUUUGUUCUGUACAUGUUAUCUAAGUUAGCAAAAAAAAGAGAGUAAAAUAGAAUUGGAGUACUUUUCAAAGUAAUUAGCAAAAUGUUUAAGCCUGUUAAUGCUUGAAUUAAAUUUACCUGACUGAAUUUAUUUAUAGUUUUCUUGUAAUGUGACUAUGAUUAUUUCGUUUUAUAUUUAUAGAAACUAAACUAUGUGAUUUUGUUUUACAUUCUUAACAUCACAAUUCUAUUCUUUGUUUUCACUUAUGUACAUAUCCAUGUAAUUACAAUAAUCACUUUACAUUUCUUUAUAUAAUUUUACUUUCUUUUAAAUGUUUGUGUUAUUGUUUACAUGCUAUACACUAGUUGUAUUUAAUUUGUGUGUUUUUCUAAGUUGUUGCUCAUAUUUAUUUAUGAUUUUAACAAGUAAUUAUUAUUUGUUGUUUACUGUUCAUUUAAUUUAUUUCAUCAUAGUUACGGGGUAAAUUGAUUCUAGAAAAAAAGUGAUUAUCAUUAACAGGGUCUAAAUAUUGAUAUUCUUAAACGUUUAUUUCUAU